GCUGCCGGAGCCGAGCCGUCUAGGAAGCCUGGGCCGGCCGUCACCCAGCCCGCAGCAGCCGCCGAGCCUCGGCCAGACCGCAGCGACUAGGGCUCGGGCGCAGGCGAGAUGCCUCUGUUCACCGCCAACCCGUUCGAGCAGGACGUGGAAAAAGCCACAAAUGAGUACAACACUGCGGAAGAUUGGAGUCUUAUUAUGGACAUAUGUGACAAAGUUGGAAGCACUCCUAAUGGAGCAAAAGAUUGCCUAAAAGCCAUAAUGAAAAGGGUAAAUCAUAAGGUUCCGCAUGUUGCUCUGCAGGCGUUAACUCUUCUUGGGGCUUGUGUGGCAAACUGUGGAAAGCUAUUUCAUUUAGAAGUAUGUUCCCGUGAUUUUGCAACAGAAGUACGUGCUGUGAUAAAAAAUAAGGCUCAUCCUAAAGUAUGUGAAAAACUGAAAUCUUUAAUGGUGGAGUGGUCAGAAGAAUUUCAGAAGGACCCUCAGUUUAGUCUAAUAUCUGCAACUAUUAAGUCUAUGAAAGAAGAAGGAAUUACUUUUCCUCCAGCAGGCGCUCAGACUGUCUCAGCUGCUGCCAAGAAUGGCACGUCAUCGAACAAAAACAAAGAAGAUGAAGACAUAGCUAAAGCUAUUGAAUUAUCACUGCAAGAGCAAAAGCAGCAGCACACAGAAACAAAACCCUUAUAUCCAUCUGCAGAUAUUCAGUUAAAUAAUAAAGUUGCAAGGAAAGUGAGAGCUUUAUAUGAUUUUGAAGCCGUUGAGGACAAUGAACUCACGUUUAAACAUGGUGAAAUUAUUAUUGUUUUGGAUGACAGUGAUGCCAAUUGGUGGAAAGGAGAAAAUCACAGAGGAAUAGGACUCUUCCCAUCUAAUUUUGUAACAACUAAUUUAAACGUAGAGUCUGAGGCAGCAGCUCUGGACAAAUUGAAUGUAAUUGAUGAUGAGGAGGAGGAAAUUAAGAAAUCAGAGCCUGAGCCUGUUUAUAUAGAUGAGGACAAGAUGGAUAGAGCCCUGCAGGUGCUCCAGAGUAUAGAUCCAACAGAUUCAAAACCAGACUCCCAGGACCUCUUGGACUUAGAAGAUGUCUGCCAACAGAUGGGUCCAAUGAUAGAUGAAAAACUUGAAGAGAUUGAUAGGAAGCAUUCAGAAUUGUCUGAAUUGAAUGUAAAAGUCAUGGAAGCUCUGGAACUAUAUAACAAAUUGGUGAAUGAAGCACCAGUAUAUUCAGUCUAUUCAAAGCUUCAUCCUCCAGCACAUUAUCCACCUUCAUCAGCUGGGGUUCCAAUGCAGACAUACCCAGUUCAGUCACAUGGUGGAAAUUAUAUGGGUCAAGGCGUUCACCAAGUCACCGUUGCCCAAAACUACAGCCUAGGACCAGAUCAGAUCGGUCCACUGAGAUCUCUGCCUCCAAAUGUGAAUUCCUCAGUGACAACACAGCCCGCUCAAGCUCCGUAUUUAAGCACUGGACAAGACACUGUUUCCAGUACUGCUUACAUGAACCAGACCUCUAACCUUCAGUCAGCCUCUGGUGCGGCCGCUUACACACAGCAGAUGGGGAUGUCUGUGGAUAUGUCAUCUUACCAGAACACUACUUCCAAUUUGCUGCAGCUGGCAGGCUUUCCAGUGACAGUUCCAGGUCAUUCAGUUGCACAGCAGCAAACAAAUUACCACCAGCAGCCUCUGCUUUAGAAACAAACCAAGCAUUUUCUCGAAAUCUGUCAUACGUUUAUUAUUCAACCCUUGUGAUUCUAAUCUGGAAAUAUUAAAAGAAAAAAAUUAUUUUUUCUCAUCUUGAAGGGACCAUAAAUAAUAAAGCACAAAAAUGUAUCUUACUCCAGUAGGCCAUCAAAGGGUUUUUUCACUCCAUUUUGAAGUCAAACUUUUGAUCAGAGGCAGCUUCAGGUUGCUUCCAGUUAGUUUUGUCUUACUUUUAAAUCUCUCUACACAAAUAUGGACAUCCAAUAAGUAGCCUUAUGACACUAAACAGCAUGAGGUAGGAGUGUUACAAUGUUACUUUAAAGAAACCAGCGUUUGCCCCUAAAACAUCAUGAUAGUUCAGAGCACUGAAACCUUUAAAUAUUUUUUGUCUGCAUAUUUUUUUCAGAGUUUCCCACACACCAUUAUUUUAAAAGGCGAACAUUUUUUGUGUAAGCAUUUAGCUUGCCAACAUGUAUCCUUUUGGCUCCUUAAAUUGCAGUUGUGUUUGCAGUACUGUCAGUUUUGUUCUCAGUGUUAUGUUGAGUAAUAAUUAGCAUAUAAUUGUCUACAGAAGCAAGAGCAAUUUGGAAAAAACAGAAAUGUUUUCUGUUACUAAUAGUGAGGACCACGUAAAUGCAGAUGUGUGAUAAAGCAUUUAGCUUAGUCCCCCUGCCCCGGCCCCCAUCAUGCCAACAGUGAGCUAAGGAAUGCCCCACGAAACAUUUCCAUUCCCUAGAGAAGGACAUUUCUUUUCUUACAAGGGUCCCUGGUAUUUAGAAUUGACACUAAUGACCUUUUCAAGUGAUUUUGGUCAUUCUCUGAUGAAGAUAUGGUCCAUUUGUUUUCCUUCCUGCAGUGUGGUGUGCAGAGAUGCUGCAUUUACUUUUUAGGGAUUAUAUGUGAAUUUGAGCCAUCAGACAUUCCUAAUAAUUUGAUGUGAUGUAUACCAAGCAUGGAUGGUAAGUAUGUUUUUAUUGAUGUGUUGCUUCUUUAAAGAAGUGAUUCAAGGACCACUGCUAUGCCAGACUUUUGAAAAAUUGGGCCAUUCCUUUCAGAAGUAAUUCUGAGCCUAUGGAAUAGCAGACAGUGGAUUGAUAGGGAUCUGCCAAGACAGUUUUUCUGAAGCCUACAUUUUAAAUUAGUUUAUUAGUGCUAAUAGCUUCCACAUACUGUAGGAAUUAGGUAGUAAACCAAUAGAGAUUGUUUUCUCUCCUAAAAAUUUGUACACUGCUGCAUCAUCUAACAAAUUUUUAGAUGAUACGAAAUAGAAAAUGCAAAUUCGUAUGCUUACAGAUACAUGAUAUUUAGACUGGGGGAAAAAAUGGACAUAAGUUUAGUUUUUAAAAAUAUACUUGCAUGGAAGCCAGAUUUCUAUAUUGUUUUUUAAAGAAAGCCCUUAAUCUUUUUGCUGAAAAUCCAUUUGAAGACAGUGCUCUGGAAAUUUUUGUUAUUUAUCUAUUUACAGAAAUUUGAUGACAGGCAUGUUCCUUUUUCAAAGAAACUAUCCUAGAACAAAAUAGUCUUUAUACUACUUGGUCUGCAUUUAAAGGGGAAAACAAGCAGUAUUUGAAAGCCCAGUUUCUGCCAUUGUUUUAUUUCAGAUACAGGUAACUGGAAAGUUUUAACCUUUAAUGUCUCAUGUUCUGUUUUCCAUCCAGUAUUUUCCUUCUAUGUAAAUUCAAUUAUAUACGUAUAAAAAAAUUCUAAAAUGGCACCUUACUUUUUUGGAAAUGAAUCUUCUAUUCUUUAAAGAAAACAAAACAUAAACAUUACAAAGCUGCUCUUGGUUGCAUAUAUAUGGAAAAUCUUAGAUUUUUUUUCUCCCAAACAAUAUUUAAUAAAGUUAUUUUAAUGUUUGUGUACAUAUUUCAUGUAUAAUUGUGAUCUGAAUUAUAAAAGCUUAAUUCUGCAUAAGUGUCUGAACUAGUAUAAAUACUGCACACCCACUAAAUCGGGAUCAGCCAAUUAAGUUCACCUAAUGUAGUUUUGGGAUUAUAUAACAUGCAACAUGUAUAUAAAUAGUGUAUAUUGACAUUUACUUGUGACAGUUUAUACAUCCAGAAGUUUCUUCUCCCUUUUAAAUUAAAAGUAAUUUUAUUUUUGCCAUACUGUAAUGGAUUUUGUGUUGUAGGUUGUCAAUAGUAUAAAAAUAUUAUUUAAUCUGUGUACUGAGAUGAUAUUUUUGGUGUUAAUAAGAAAUACAAGUUUGUUAUUUUCUUUCUUUUCCAUGAUCUUAUGGAUUGUAUUUAUUUUAAGGCCUGUUUAUAAUUAAAUGUUUUCUGCCGAA